AUGGCACCCUCAGGUCCCAUCUUCGUCGUCGGCUCCGGGCCUAUGAUUGGAUCGCACAUCGCUCGCCUCUUCGCCACGCACAGCUUCACCCACAUCGCCCUCUUCUCCCGCUCCGCUUCCAAUCUCACCCGUGACGCAUCCUUGGUCACCGCCGCCGCCCCUUCCGCCUCCGUACACACCUACCCCGCCGACGUGACCGACCACGUCGCCCUGACCGCCGCCCUCGAAGAGGCCGUCGGGGACGUAGGCGUCCCCGAGGUCCUCAUCUACAACGCCGCCCGCGUCAGCUACGGCAUGUUCGGCCAAUACACCACCGACGACAUGCUCGUGGAUUUCAAGAUCCCAAACCUCGGUCUCUACACGACCGCCAGCGUCAUGCUGCCGCAUUUGCAGGCACUGGCCAAGUCGCACCCGGACGCGCACCCGGCGCUGUUCGUCACGUCGUCGGCGCUCAUCCACCAGCCGUUUGCGCCCGUGUUCUCCUUGUCCAUGGCCAAGGCGGCGCAGGCGAGCUUGGUCAAGUUGUUGGCGGCGGACAAUGAAGGCGUGGUGCAUGUGGCAUUGGUGACGGUGGGCGGGCAGGUGACCCCGGAGGAGAAGGUGAAUAAUCCGUCAAAUAUCGCGACGAAAUUCUGGGAGCUGUAUGAGCAGGAGAAGGGGAGUUGGGAGUUCGAAAUGAAGUGCGGAUGGUAA